AUGUCCAAAGCCGCCGCCGCAAGGGCGCAGGUCGUUCGUAUUCUCAUCGGUGCAGGAAAAGCUGCGCCCACCCCACCAGUUGGACCCGCUCUUGGUGCUCGUGGUGUAAAAUCCAUGGAUUUCUGCAAAGAGUUCAAUGCUCGGACGGCCCAUAUCGAACCUGGGGUACCAACGCCGACGCUCAUCACAGUACAACCCGACAGGACGUUUACGUUUGUCACCAAAACUCCCCCCGCCUCAUAUUUCAUUAAAAAGGCUGCUGGUAUCGACAAGGGCCCCGGUCGACCAGGACACGAGAUCACUGGUACAAUAAGCUUGAAGCACGUGUAUGAAAUUGCGAAGAUCAAGUCUACAGACGAGCAUGUGAAGCAUCUGAGUCUUGAGGCUAUUGCAAGGACAAUUGUCGGUAGUGCAAGGAGUUUGGGGGUGCAAGUAGUCCCUUGA